AAAAUAUAAACUGGCCAACAAACCAAGAGUUUGUCUCAACAGUUUUCUCACCCUCUAUUCUUACCAGAAACUCUUGUCCAUUCAACAUUCUAAACUGCAAGAUUAAUUCAAUCUCUCCUUAUUAAUCUCAGGGGUAAAAAAAAAUCUAAAAGAGGUACAUGAGGAACAUUGUAGUUCUGGGGAUGGUCACUUUCAAUCUAGGUCUUGUCAUCGGGUUAGUAAUGAUGUCUCAUUUCCUUAACAAAAGUGAAGCCCAAAAUUUCAGACACCAAAACUGCCUUGGUUUAAGCAGAUCAAGUUGUGAUCUUUAUUCAGGAUCAUGGGUGAUGGAUCCUUCCUAUCCUCUGUAUGAUCCCAAAAGCUGCCCUUUUAUUCUGAAUCAAUUUGAUUGUCUAGCCAAUGGAAGAUCAGACAGAGAGUAUUUACAGUAUAGAUGGCAGCCCAGAAACUGCAACUUAACAAGGUGGGAUGGCGAAGAAUUCGUGAGCAAAUUUGCUGGGAAACGAAUUAUGUUUGUUGGAGAUUCAUUGAGCUUAAAUCAGUUUCAAUCGCUGGCUUGCAUGCUUCAUAAUGCAAUACCAAAUGCUCGCUACACCUUAAAAAGGAAAGGCUCAAUUUCCACAUUCAGAAUUCCGAUAUUGAAUCUAUCUCUCAAAAUCGAUCGAAAUGCACUACUUGUGGAUGUGGUGAAGGAGAACAACACGCGAGUUCUAAGACUUGACUCCAUCAAAGGUGCAGCCAGUAGAUGGAUUGGAAACGAUGUUCUCAUUUUUGAUACCUGGCAUUGGUGGCUAUACACUGGAAGAAAACAACAAUGGGAUUUUAUUCAAUACGGAUUGGCUAUAGAAAGAGACAUGGAUCGAGUGUUAGCCUACAGAAGAGGCCUAAUGACAUGGGCUGACUGGAUAGACAGAAAUAUCGACACCAACAAAAUUAAGGUCUUUUUUCAGGAUGUUUCCCCUGACCAUCUUAAUUCAAGUGAAUGGGGCGAGCCAAACGCACCAAGUUGCGGCCAAGCAAAACGGCCAAUAAUUGCCGGAAAAUACGCCGGACCUGGGCAUCCGGCGAGCCAAGUGGUAAAUGAGAUCGUGAAAUACAUGAAGAACAAAGUUGAAGUCCUGAGAAUCACCCAACUUUCACAACUUAGAGUUGAUGGGCACCCAUCCAUAUAUGGAAACUCCAAGCACAGAGGCAUGGAUUGUACUCAUUGGUGUCUUCCAGGAGUUCCUGAUACCUGGAACCUCUUAUUGUUUUCUGCCCUUUGAUGAGUUUCUUCUUCUUUUUUUUUUCUUUUUUUAAUCAGUCUAUGUUCGAAAUUCUACGAAUUUUAGCGAAUUUCAUCAGUUUUAGUUGUUACUUUUAGGGGAACUGUACUUUUUAAACAUUGUUAACAAAUAGAGAAGAAUUUUGAACGAAAACCAUGAGUUUGAAUUGGGAAAUAGAGC